UUCAUUGAAGCCUGCAAAUAAAAUUCAUCCUCUUCAACUUCAUGCACCCAGAUCUCAUUUCCCAGAUGUGGACCCAAAAAUCUCCCAACUCCAAACCCUAGCUCAAUCCACCAGCAUUUGCACUUCCAAUCGCCACCGAAAUUCAGGAGUAGUGUAGUGUUUUGGUAACAAUAUGCAGCACAUUCCGAACACGAUUGAGGACCAGUUGAUAUUGAAAGCAAUCAAGGAAGAAUGUCCUUGGGAGAGUCUUCCGAAACGGCUUCAAGCCGUUCUGAAUUCCAAGGAAGAAUGGCACAGAAGCUGUUUCCUUAUCACCUUGCGGAGUAUGUUUGCCGUGUAAUGAGGGUAUCACCUUUCAGAUAUUACUGCGAUAUGAUUUUUGAAGUCAUGAAAAAUGAGCAACCUUAUGACAGCAUCCCGAAUUUUAGUGCUGCAGAUGCUUUGCGACUUACAGGAAUAGGAAGAAAUGAAUUUAUUGAUAUCAUGAACAAGUGUAGAUCUAAGAAAAUUAUGUGGAAGCUGAACAAGUCAAUCGCGAAAGAGUUAUUACCUAUACAACCUGUGGACUUUGUGAUUGAGCCAUGGUGGGGAGUUUGUCUUGUCAACUUUACAUUGGAAGAAUUUAAGAAACUCUCAGAAGAAGAAAUGGCAACAAUUGAUAAAGUUUGUAAGGAGGAAGCAAAUUCAUUGAUACUUUUUGAUCCUGAAAUUGUGAAGGGCCUUUUCCGAAGGGGGUUGAUCUACUUUGAUGUCCCUGUUUAUCCUGAUGAUCGUUUUAAAGGUAAUUUCUUUGCAUCCAGAAUUGUCAUAUCAAAAUUAGUUGCUUAGUUUUCCUUUUAUUUUUUUUCUCCUGUUUAUGUCUUCUUCUUCUUCAUCUUCAUCUUCUUCUUCUUCUUCUUCUUCUAUUU